CGAUACUUUUGAGUUAACAUGUUAAAUGUGCAAAGAGCCAAAAUUCUGAGGCACUGUAUCCGCCUUGCCACACAACGACUUUGCCACACAGAUGUACGCGUGCGUUUUGCGCCCAGUCCCACGGGCUAUUUGCAUCUUGGCGGUUUGCGUACAGCGCUUUAUAACUACCUUUUCGCCCGGCAUUCGGGCGGCAAAUUUCUGUUGCGCAUCGAGGACACAGAUCAAACGCGGCUGGUGCCCGGCGCCACGGAGCGUCUCAUUGAGGAUCUGCUAUGGGUGGGCAUUGAAAUCGAUGAGGGACCGGGCUUUGGCGGUACACAAGGCCCGUAUAUACAAAGCCAGCGCAGGCAGCUUUACAGUGAAGCUGUUGAACGCCUGCUGGCAAACGGCAGCGCCUAUCGCUGCUUUUGCACGGAACGUCGCCUGGAACUGUUGCGCAAGGAGGCGCUGCGCACCCGGCAAGUGCCGCGAUACGACAACAAGUGUCGUCAUUUGACGAGAGAGCAGUUGGAAUCGCUGCUGGCCAAGGGCACGCCACACUGCAUACGCUUCAAGCUGACGGAGCACGAGGAGCCACUGCAGGAUCUCAUCUAUGGCAGCGUGCAGCACAAUGUCAGCGAAACGGAAGGUGAUCCCGUCAUCAUAAAAAGCGAUCAAUUCCCCACUUAUCACUUGGCCAACGUUGUGGAUGAUCAUCUGAUGGGAAUAACACACGUUUUGCGUGGCGUCGAGUGGCAAAUCUCAACCACCAAGCAUCUGCUGCUUUACAAAGCCUUUGGCUGGCAGCCACCGCAAUUUGGUCAUCUGCCGCUGCUGGUCAACGCGGACGGAACGAAGCUGAGCAAACGGCAGGGUGACAUUGGCAUAGAGCAGUUUCGGUCACGUGGUUACUUCCCCACUGCCUUGCUGAACUACAUCAUCUCUGCUGGAGGUGGCUUCGAGCACAGACCGAAUGCCAAGCCUGAGUUGCUGCCAGUUGCCCAACUGGCGCAGCAAUUUCGCUUGGAGCGCGUCAAUCCACAUCCCAGUCGCCUGAAUGCCGACCUGCUCAACGACUACAAUCAGCUGGAGAUUAGGCAACGUCUGCAAGGAGCAGAGACGCAAUUGCAACUAAUCCGACAUGUUCAGCAGCUGGUCAAGCAGACCUAUCCGGCGCAUUCCAAUCUGGAUCUGGGCGAGGCACACAUUCUGGCCGUGCUGCAGUGGGCGGCGCAGCGUUUGACACUCAUUCAGGAUUUAACCAACAGCAAGUUAAGUUUCCUCUGGGUCAAACCCAGCAAUUUUGUGCUAAAGGAUCUGUCUACGGCACAGCUGGAGCAGCUGCUGCUCCAACUGAAUGCUCUGUCCGAUUUUCACAAGGAUCCGCUGAAUGCCACACUAAAAACUUAUGCCACGUCGACGGGCAUAAAAUUCCCGGCCCUGAUGAAGGAGCUGCGUGGAGCUUUAAGUGGCCUCCAAGAAGGACCUGGCGUCGCGGAAAUGAUGGAAAUCCUGGGCAAGGCAGUCGUCCUCCAGCGGCUAGGCGAGAGCAUUAAAAAGCAAUCGCAAUUGAAACAGCAUCAACUCUGAUCAAAUU